CCCCCCCCGCCCGGUCCGCUCCUCGCCCUUCCCGCGGCACCGGAGUGGGGCUCGCGAAGGCCGAGGCGCGAGUGGCGGGAGUGAGGAGGGGGAGUGCGGAGCCCGGUUCUGGAGCUGCGGGAGCCGGCGGGGGACCGGCGUGGAGGGCUGGAGGUGGCGGGGCCCCACGAGGACGCGAUGAAGCCAAACCUCGAGGACCAGGCGGCGUCCGCCGAGGGCCCCUGGGAAGAGUGCUUCGAACUGGCCGUGCAGCUGGCGCUGCGGGCGGGACAGAUCAUCAGAAAAGCCCUCUCUGAGGAAAAGCAGGUCUCCACCAAAACCUCCGCUGCGGACCUGGUGACAGAGACGGACCACCUUGUGGAAGACUUAAUCAUUUCUGAGAUGCAGAAGCGGUUUCCUUCGCACAGGUUCAUUGCUGAAGAGGCCUCGGCAGCAGGGGCCAAGUGCGUGCUCACCCCCAGCCCCACCUGGAUCAUCGACCCCAUUGACGGCACCUGCAACUUUGUGCACAGGUUCCCCACCGUGGCAGUCAGCAUCGGAUUUGCGGUGAACCAAGAGCUGGAGUUCGGCGUGAUCUACCACUGCACCGAGGAGCGGCUGUACACCGGCCGGCGGGGCCGAGGCGCCUUCUGCAACGGCCAGCGGCUGCGGGUCUCCGCGGAGACAGAUCUCUCCAGGGCCUUGGUGCUAACCGAAAUCGGUCCCAAGCGUGACCCUGCUACUCUGAAACUGUUCCUGAGCAACAUGGAGCGGUUACUCCACGCCAAGGCUCAUGGGGUCCGAGUGAUCGGGAGCUCCACCCUGGCGCUCUGCCUCCUGGCCUCGGGGGCUGCGGACGCCUAUUACCAGUUUGGCCUGCACUGCUGGGACCUGGCCGCCGCCACCGUCAUCAUCAGAGAAGCAGGAGGCAUCGUGAUGGACACGUCAGGUGGACCUCUCGACCUCAUGUCCUGCAGAGUGGUUGCUGCGGGCACCCGAGAAAUGGCUACGCUCAUCGCUCAGGCCUUACAGACCAUUAACUAUGGACGGGACGAUGAGAAGUGACAGGGAGCAGAGACGGGAAACGUGACCCCCGGACUGGCUCUUCCUGGGAUGCUGCCACCGGCAGCCAAUCCCCGGGGGGCCCUGCCUUGAGCAGCCCGCACUCCAUCCAGUUCCUGCGUUCCUAACCGCCCAAAGAGCGGGGUUCUGCUAACGUGGGUGGCUCUCUGGCUAAAUCCGCGUCUUCCACUGGGACUUCGUGUUUAGCUGGUUUCUUUCUUUAAUCUCAUGCAGCCUUUUUCAGGUUAGUUCAGGUUCUUCUGUCAGGGCCAAAACCCAAAUCUCAUGACGUACAUAUUGAUAAUUCAGUCUUGAUUUCUUAACCCCCUCCUCUCCCUCCCCCCACUCCCAGAAUGCAAAUCUCAGGUAAUAUGGCUUUAGAACUGCUGAUAAAGCGGACUUGUUCUCAGGCCCCCCACCCAAUGGUACUUCAGAAUGCAAUAAAUCAAAAUAAUGGCACUCUA